CUAAAUACUAUGCAAUUCGCAAGAUAGCUUGACCAUUGCUUUAGAGAUAGUACCGCUCGGUACCUCUCCGGCCGACACGCCACGUCGGCAAAAAGGCAAAGCCAAUUACGUCUGUUAAAUAUAGUCAUUAAUGACAGUCACGUUACGUCCUCUAACUCUUCACGACGUGCCCGCGGCGUUGCGGUUGCACAAGUUCGCCAAAUUGGACGGGCACAACAUCUUUUCGCUCGAGUCUCAGAAGAACGUUGUUGAGUUGCUAAACUCGGCUGCUGCGGGAGAGGCUGGAGUGCACGGCCAUAUCGCUUGCGCGGCAGGCGGAGAGGCGGGGGCUGAAUCGGAAGUCGUUGGGGUCCUGACAGCAGAGUGGGAGGAUACACGCACGUGUGUGCUGCUAACGCUUGUAGUCAGGAGCGACCAUCGGGGAAAGGGCGUUGGCAAAGAGCUGCUGGAGGAGCUUCUAAGGAGCGCCUGCACGCAAGGCUCCCCGGUGACCAUCGUUACGGAUGUCGCCCUGGCUAACUCGCCCGCCGUCACGUUCUUCAAGCGCCAAGGCUUUAAGCAGACUCACCGGUCGCACGGCCGCAGCAUGGAACUGUCGCUGACGUGCGCGUUUGGGACGGGGAGUACGGCCUCAGAAGCCACAUUGAGGCAUGUGCCGCGUGAGGUAGCGGUUAAAAGCCUCCGGUCUGGAUGGUGUUCCUUAAACCGUUCUCGAGCACGGACCGGCUUGCUUCAUUCGGCGCCAGGGGCACGCACACGCUUGCUGCCCAUAGUACGGGGUGGCGGGAUGGUUCGGCGGGGGACCGCGUGCCUGCAGUUUCCUGCGCCUUCGCGGUUGUUGGCCAAGUAGACAGGUGUCUGAGUAUGCAAUUUGGUGUAGUUGUGAGGAAGUAUUCUGAGGGGUGUACGUCCCUGAGAUGUGGCCUCCGGGCAUCUGUACAGGAAGCUGUUACGUUGCGCAGCAAGUCUGGCCUUAACAUACUGAUGACGAUAUAUAACUGCACAUUUCUGUAAUACCCAGAUUGGAUAGCAUAUACCCGAUCUUGACUGACUGCUGUUGAAUCUCAACGAGGGAAGAAAAAGUCAGUCGCUACUAAAGGAUUUUGCUUUAAAUAUGUCACUUUUAGCAUCACGACAGCAGGCUGGUGCAAGCAGCAGCGGAGCGGCGCGUGGACAACUCCGGCAAUUAUGUGUGCUUACGAUAGGUUGUCGUCAGGGGCGCUGCUGCCGCGCUCAACGGGUUGCUCCUUGUGCUUCAUCAUCUGGGUCGUCAGGACCGUCAAAUACCUUCGCUAAGGAUGCCCAAGCAGCUGCAGAGCGUGCCUUUAAACAGGCGCGGAAAAAAUGGGACACCUUUGCGAAAGAACAGGACUUGGAACGAAAAGCAAAUGCCACAUUAAAGAAUGCCGGCGCAGCCCUGCGCGACGCGACAGACCAGGCCAAAGACAAGGCGCGGCGCAUGUUUACGGAGCUGGAUAGUGAAUACGAGCUUUCCUCCAAGACUGCUCGGGCUGCGAAAAGGGCCGAAGAAGUGGCGCGGGACAUU